GUUUCUCUCAGUCCUUAACGUUAACACCCAUUUGCACAUGAUGAAGAGUGGGAAAACCAGUGGCUCGGGCGCGAAGCUUCGAGACAGGAAUGCGGGUGGGAUGUCGACACACAAGCGAAUGGUUGAAUGCCAGUAUUGUAGGAAACCUCGAGCAGACUUGGAUGGACCUUUGCAGUGCUGCUCUGGGUGUAAGGUCGAUGUAUACUGCAGCAGGGAAUGCCAAAAGAAAGCAUGGCCCUCUCACAAAAGCAUGUGCAAGCAGAUACAACAAAGGGAUGCAGAGGCGACCACAGAGGAAAUGGAUGAAAUUGUGCUACUCAGGAAAUUCAAGGGCAAACAUCGCCCUAUGAUCUUCGAAUGCACAGUUCAAGCUCUCGACCUCUACAAUGACCCUACUCGCUCUCAGCGGUACAUCCUUAUCAUCGACCUCGAACGCCGACCUCAUUCGAACCAACCUGCAAUCGCAUUUCGCAUGGUAGAUGCACGUGUUGUUGCAUUCGAGGAUAUGGAAUCGGCUCAACGAAAUGAAAUGCGCAUUCAAAUGCAUCAAGCAGAGGGUGCCUUGAUGGGCUCCGGGGAUGGGACGAUUGGAGUUAUGUUCACUAUGCUCCGUGUGAACACCGGUGCGGCCACGAUUGCUGGUGCUGGUUUUACGAAGGAUGUGUUGGUACCAUCAAGAGACUGGAAGGGCUUGCUGAGAACAUGUAUGAACAAUGGGGUUGUCGUUUAAUCCUUCAUCCUUUAGUGUUGCACCACUCUUGCUCCCUCUAUCAGUGACUGUUUUGAAUGCUAGUUAGUAACUUCUGUAUAGUUCAAAGAUACAUAUAGAGUUUGGGAUAGGGCUGAGAUAAAAUUUACAUACUCAUUUUAGCUUUUGGCUUGUUGAUACUUAAACUGAUUAUCCUCAUUCUUGUCGGUCAGCCUCCUGUUCUUUAACUUCAAUGGAGAUAUUCAGCCUACAUUCAAAGCUAAGGCCUUCAUAUCAUGG